AUGAAGUUUGGGAAGCCUAUAUCUUCGAUAUCGGGUCUCGGUUUGAGGAUCAAGACUCUGUUCGGUCUUUUGGGCCUUGGAAACGUGCAAGAUUGUCCACAGCCGCCUAAGCAUACGGGACGGGUCCAAGUUCAUGAGCCUGUAGGCAGCAUCGCCUCGUCGACGAGCCACGAUGCCAAGCAUGCGGUGUUGAAGCUUAACAGCCCGGGACUCAUCACCACAGUCAAGGCUCACGUCUUUGAAGACCAUUUCAUUUGA